AUGAGCCGGGAGCGCUUUGUGCCGCCGGCAGCGUCGCCGAGGGGUCCCCAGCGCCGCAGCUCCGCCGGGAGAAGCGAUGGGAACAACCGCUGGAACCCCCCGGAGCCCCGACGGGACGGGGGCGGCCGGGGGCGGCGGGGCCGGGGGUGUUUCGGGACCAAGUGCGCGGGCUGUGCCCAGGGCAUCUCCCCCAGCGACCUGGUCCGCAGGGCGCGGAGCAAAGUGUUCCACUUGAACUGUUUUACGUGUAUGAUGUGUAACAAGCAACUCUCCACCGGCGAGGAGCUCUACAUCAUAGACGAGAACAAGUUUGUCUGCAAAGAAGAUUACCUAAAUAACAGCAAUACUGCCAAAGAAAACAGCCUGCAUUCAGCCACCACCGGCAGUGACCCCAGCCUGUCCCCCGACUCUCAAGACCCCUCCCAGGACGACGCCAAGGACUCGGAAAGCGCCAACGUGUCCGACAAGGAGACGGGCAGCAACGAAAACGACGACCAGAACCUGGGGGCCAAGCGGCGGGGACCUCGCACCACCAUCAAAGCCAAACAGCUAGAGACUCUGAAAGCCGCCUUCGCGGCCACCCCAAAACCCACCCGGCACAUCAGGGAGCAGCUGGCACAGGAGACUGGCCUCAACAUGCGGGUCAUCCAGGUACCGCUGCCUCCGGGCUCCGGGCACGCCGCGCGGCCCUGGGAGCGCUCCCGCGUCGUUCCCGCUCGGGUGCCCGCCUGUUACCUUCCCUCUGUCUCUCCUUGUCCGCCAGAUUAUCAGAGCGAGUAUUACGGCCCUGGGAGCAAUUACGAUUUCUUCCCGCAAGGACCGCCUUCGUCUCAAGCGCAGACCCCCGUGGAUCUCCCCUUCGUGCCCUCCUCGGGGCCGUCGGGCACCCCGCUGGGGGCCAUGGACCACCCCCUGCCCGGACAUCACCCCUCCAGUGAGGCUCAGCGCUUCACUGACAUCAUGUCGCACCCCCCGGGAGACUCGCCCAGCCCCGAACCCAACCUGCCCGGGUCCUUGCACUCCAUGUCCGCGGAAGUUUUUGGCCCCAGCCCCCCCUUUUCGUCGAUAUCCGUCAACGGUGGUGCUAACUACGGCAAUCACUUGUCCCACCCUCCAGAAAUGAACGAAGCAGCUGUGUGGUAGCUUUAAAACGAACUGGGUCUUAAGUAAGUGAUGAUCAUCUAGUCUGCUUAUUGUUAUGGUGUACAGAAAUGAAUUAAUAUAACAUCUCUCCUGCCCUAAGACAAUAUUACCUUGGGAACGAACUGAAUCCAAUCGCUCCAAGGCAAGCUUUGCUCUAGACCAGGACAAUCUCCAUGUUAUGGUUGUAUCAAACAAGCGAGGGGACUUUUUUUGUACCAUUGACAAAGAAACUGGGGAAGCUGUACAGUAAAGUGCUGCCAUUACCGUAGGAUGGCGUGAGUUUGAUUUACCCUGUUGGAUGUCAUCCUAAGAGCCACAAUCCUUAGAAACGUCUCGUUUUAAAAAACAAACAAAAAAAAAAAAAAAAAAAAAAUUAAUAAUUUGAAUGAAGGAAAGGUCAAAGAAAAAGGGGGAAAAAAAAAAAGCUUCCAAGAACUCAUCUAGCUAGGUCCCGGUUUAAGAUGGUUGGUGCAUUUGGAAUGCUGUUUGUUCUUUUUGUCUCUCAGAAAGUUCGACAACAAGAAACUCUUUUUAGCUUCAGCCAUUUCAGCCUGCUGAUGAUCAGGUGGGACAACUUUUCUUUUUUCCUUUCUUUUUUUUUUUUUUCUUUGCUGUUUUGUUUUGGUUUUGGUUUGGUUUUUUUGUUGUUUUUUUUUUUUUUCCAAAAAUAGCAAAUACUAAAUAUUAAGCCCUCAGCACCAACUCUUCUACCUUCACAAAGCUACACGUACAAAACCUCCUCAUCAUAGCAAAGGUCACCACCCAGACCUCUAACGAAAGUGACUUGAAAAAACAAACAAACAAACAAAAAGUAUUCUACCUUCACAGAGAGAGAAAAACUAAACAAAAAGACUCUAUUGAACUAAAAACAGUCAACUGUUUACGUCUAAUGUUAAAUUCAGGAGCUCAAUGUUUUACUAAUAAAUCCUGUUUUAGAAAAACCUCUUGUUCAAAAGCAAAAGAUUUUGAGCAACCAACCAAAAUAGUUCAUUUUCUUUUCUGUAGAUGUUCUAACAGAUUGCAGGGCUUGUGGUUCACUGUGCUAGUUUGUAAAAGGUGUUGUUUACAGAAGGCAAAGAAAAAAAAAAUCCACAAAACCCAGACAGUUGCCAAAUAAAGUAAAUAUAUAGCACAAAUACUGUAAGGUGCUUUGCACCAGCAACCCGAGAAGGUGUUUAAAAAGUGUUACAAGGUUAAAAAGAAAAAAAAAAAAAGACAAACAAACAUCUUUGCUAAUUUUUAGUCCUGUUGAACAUUCAUGGAAUUGUUAAUAUGACUUAUAUAGACCCACACAGGUUUUAUUUUUGUGUCUUUAAAAUAAAAGUCCAAAAUAUUUAAAUUUUAUGGUCAAAUAUGCAGUCAACAGCUGCUACUUUUUUCUUUAUAUAUUAAAUUUCUCAUAUGUCUUUUAUUGUUCUAAUAAACCUAAGCUUGUGUGACCUCCAGUGCAUAUUAGACCAUUCACUGUAUGAAAGAAAACAUGUUGGAUAAAAUUUGUGCGUUUUUAAUAAAAUUAGAAAAUCUGA